AACAUAAAUAAAUUUAUUUAAUAAUUAAAAAUACAAACUCUUGUUUAAUAAUUAAAAAUACAAACUCUUGGCCAAAAUGAACAAAAAGAAGAAAAAUGCAUACACAACAUUACACAUACAUACAACAGUGACACACAUACACACGUAAUACGCACACAGAUCUGUAUCAAAAGUGAAGAAAAAACCAGAUGGAUCCACCAUCUGCCCGCUUCUUCAUCUUCUUCACAUAAUCAAUCAAAUCAAAUCACAAUCAAAAUGAAACCAGAUCAAUUCAUCACCCCCAUUACCAAAACUCCCACAAUGUCUUCUUCCAUUAGCACCACCGCCGAUCACCGCGCCCCACCGGCGUGCCCUCACCUCCAUAACUUCCGAUCCACUCACGCCGCCAACCCCUUUCGAUCUCUCCAGCAAUGCUUGAGUGUUAAGCCACUCGGCCGCGCCGCCGUUGUGAGGGACCCACAGGACGUCCCUCUCUGUGGGUCCUGCUUGUCCCCUUGUUUUCUCUACGCGUGCUUGUCCUGCGCCACCGUCUCGUGCCGCCGCCACGUGGCCGAUCACUCCCCCGACCACCCCAUCUCCGUCGACAUCGACCGCGCCGAGCUCUUCUGCUGUUUGUGUGACGACCAGGUUUAUGACGUUGAUUUCGAUGCCGCCGUCGUUCUUGCGCAGCUCGCCGGUGGGGCCCACCCUGCUCCGGAGAAGAAUGUGCAGAGUGUGAAGAAUGUCACGAAACGGCGUCGUGUUGAGUAUUGUGAUCAGUGGGUCCCUGAUUCGGGGCAAAGAGAGCUAAUUGAGAGUAAUUCAAGUGCAUUGGCUGAGUAUGAUGGUGAUGAUGUGCCUUUAGGAUUAAAAGGCCUCAACAAUCUCGGCAACACGUGUUUCAUGAAUUCCGUGUUGCAGGCGUUGCUUCACACUCCGCCUUUCCGGAAUUACUUCCUGAGUGAUAGGCACAAUAGGAUUUUUUGUCAGCAGAAGAAUGUGAAGAAGAAUGAGGGUAAUGCCAAGAAUUCGAGGUUGUGUUUAUCGUGCGAUUUGGAUGAUAUUUUCGCUUCUGUGUAUUCAGGGGAUAGGUCUUCCUACAGCCCUGCUAAGUUUUUAUACAGUUGGUGGCAACAUGCCGCAAACCUAGCAAGUUAUGAGCAGCAGGAUGCACAUGAAUUCUUUAUUUCCAUGCUCGAUGGGAUUCAUGAAAAGGUGGAUAAGGACAAGCAAAAACCCCAUAGUCAAGGUAGUGGAGAUUGUUGCAUUGCUCAUAAAGUGUUCUCUGGCAUCUUGCGAUCUGAUGUUAUGUGUACAGCUUGUGGUUUUACAUCUACAACAUAUGAUCCUUGUGUAGACAUUUCACUGGAUUUGGAACCAAAUCACGGUGGUUUAACAAAAACAUCUGCAAAAUCACUCAGUUCGUGCAACAGUGAGCCAGUUUCCACCAACACAAGCCAAAACAGUGGCGGGACAUCUACUCUAGUUGGUUGUUUGAAGCGUUUUACCAGACCUGAAAGAUUAGGAUCUGACCAGAAGUUUUUCUGCCAGCAAUGUAAGGUGAGACAGGAAUCUCUCAAACAGAUGUCGAUCAGGAAGCUUCCACUGGUUUACUGCUUUCAUAUCAAAAGGUUUGAGCACUCUCAUGUUAGAAAAAUGUCCCGUAAGGUUGACCGUUAUUUACAGUUCCCAUUCUCAUUAAACAUGAGCCCAUAUCUUUCCUCAUCUAUACUGAGAAGUAGAUUUGGAAACCGGAUAUUCAGUUUUGACGGGGAGGAGCCAGAUCCUUCCAAUGAAAUAUCUUGCGAGUUUGAGCUGUUUGCAGUCAUCACUCAUUCUGGUAAAUUAGAUGCUGGCCAUUAUUAUACCUAUCUGAGGUUAAGUAAUCAAUGGUACAAGUGUGAUGAUGCUUGGAUUACUCGAGUUAAUGAAAACAUUGUCAGGUCUGCCCAAGGUUACAUGAUGUUCUAUGUGCAAAAGACACUUUUCUACAAAGCAAGUGAAAAACCAAGGGCACUUUGAGAACCUGCGUGAAGUAGGGAAUUGCCGCUUUACUUAGCAAGUAAGAAAGCGAGGGCCCUUUGGGAACCUGCAUGAAGUAGGAAAUUGCUGAGAAUAAACAGUAUAUACAUAACUGAGAAAUUUUGAUUGGCUCUCAAGGCUGCAGAAAUUGGCAUCAAACUAAGAUUUCGGGAUGCCUGAGUAAGCCAUAUGAAUGAUGGUCGUCUUGAAUCACAUUGGAAGGAUAACCUAAGACUAAACUUACAUUUUACUCUGAGAAAUUUCUUCUGCAUUUUCAAUUUAGUCACAGAUGGUCUCUAGAUAGAUCAAGGUAGGAAAAUGUUUAAAAUUAUUAAUUUUAUUCUAAAUUUUGUCGGCGGAAUGAUGCUCUCUUCGUAAAUCCUUAGCUUGCCAGCGAGCAAUGCUUUUGUAAUUAUGUAGGUAUGUUGCAAUCAAGUAUAACGUUUCCCCUACAUUUUAUAUUGCAGUACUUACUUUUGGGAUUA